CGGCGCAUGCGCAGGGCGGGGUCCCGRCGGUGCGGUCGGAGGCGGCGGGACGAGCCCGUUCCCGGAGCGGGACGCGGGAGCGGGGCCGGGAGCGGGCCCGGGGAGCGCCCGGCUCUCCUCACGGGGCUCCCGCACUGCCAGGACUCCAGCGCUCGGCGGCUCUGAGGGGGCUCUGCCCGUGGGUGUCCCGGUGGCGCGGRCAGGGCGCUGUCACAGCCCCAGAGUGUGAUGUCCAGGGUCAGAAAUGCCUUAUGUGGAUCGCCAGAAUCGCAUCUGUGGUUUCCUAGACAUUGAGGAAAAUGAGAAUAGUGGGAAAUUCCUGCGGCGGUACUUCAUUCUGGACACACGAGAGGACAGUCUGGUGUGGUACAUGGAUAACCCACAGAAUCUUCCCUCUGGAUCUCCACCUGUUGGGGUCAUUAAACUUACCUAUAUUUCAAAGGUUAGCGAUGCAACUAAGCUGAGGCCAAAGGCAGAGUUCUGUUUUGUUAUGAAUGCAGGGAUGAGAAAAUACUUUCUACAAGCCAAUGAUCAGCAGGACCUAGUUGAAUGGGUAAAUGUUCUGAACAAAGCUACCAAAAUCACAGUACCAAAGCAGUCUGAUCCUCUCUGUCAGAUGGAUAAUGCAAAUCGUCAAGCUGAAAGCCCAGGUGGAAAGAAGCAAGUCUCUUACAGGACAGAAAUUGUUGGUGGUGUUCCCAUCAUUACACCCACCCAGAAAGAAGAAGUCAGUGAGGGCAGUGAAGGGGCUGACAGGAAUUAUUUGAAGCGGUCACAAAGUCACCUUCCUUAUUUUGCUGCUAAGCAUCCCCCAGAUAAUGCCAUUAUCAAAGCUGGUUACUGUGUAAAACAAGGAGCAGUGAUGAAGAACUGGAAGAGAAGAUACUUUCAGCUAGAUGAAAACACAAUAGGAUAUUUCAAGUCUGAACUGGAAAAGGAGCCUCUCAGGGUUAUUCCACUUAAGGAGGUCCAUAAAGUUCAGGAAUGCAAACAGAGUGAUAUAAUGAUGAGAGACAAUCUCUUUGAAAUUGUAACAACUUCUCGAACCUUUUAUGUGCAGGCAGACAGUCCCGAGGACAUGCACAGCUGGAUAAAGGCAAUUUCAGGAGCCAUCGUGGCACAGCGGGGACCUGGCAGAUCAGCAGCUUCCGAGCAUCCCGAGUCUUCUUCCGAACCCGGCCAUGCUGUCCGUCCUGCCGGCCCAGCCGCAGCCAGCUCACAUUCCACAGCCACUCACGGCAGCCCUCUGGUCCCAAACCCUCACCCCAAACCCCCUGCCUUGGAGAAGCGAGGAUUUCACGAGUCUUUUACCAAGGCCAAGCCAAGGAGCUUCAAGAUCCAGGCUGUCGCUCCAAGAGAAUCAACUUCCAAAGUGACUGAACGGGGCCCCUGGGAACCCCGGAGCAAAAAUGGCACUCAGGAACAGGAUCCUGGCCUUGUGGAUCUGGAUGAUGCAAGCCUUCCAGUUAGUGAUGUGUAGGGAUGGAAGUGUUUGGAGAAUGAUCCAUUUGUUCGGUCCUUUAAUUUCCUUGCUCGGACUUUGAACCAAAGAAAAUUCCAGGAAAUGAGAACAAAAAAAAAAAAAAAAAAAAAAAAAAACGAAACCGGAGCACUGCUGUUAUAUAUAUGUAUGUGUGUGUUCCUGUGCACACAUGGGUAUAUAUAAUGUGUUUGUGUGUUGCCUUGCAGCUGAGGGUCAGAAAUGGACCUUAGGCGUUUUCUCAAAGCCUGAUGGUAAAUCAUUUACUAGGGAGGGGCCAAACUGCACAAUUUAAGARAAAAAAACAACCCAAAACACAUUAAAAAACAACAAAAACAAAAGUACUUCUGCAAGUAGGCAAGGUACCAGCAUCUUCUAAUUCCUAAUCUGGCAGAUUUACUAAAUUUGGAACUAAUGCUCUAUUGCAGAGAACUUAUUGCCAACAAAUGUGAUUAUUUAAUUUCGUCUUAAACGACAGUAAGAUUUUAGGCAUAGAUGAGAAUUUUUUCUCUCUGUGACUUUCAGAUACCAGGAAAUGCACAAAGCAUUUUC